ACUGGCAAGCCAUACACUUCGGCUAGCAAGGAUCCGUACAAGCUAGAGGGACACCACUAAACUUUCUUCCGCGUACGCACAGGAACACGCCGAGCGGUUAGUCGGGGUCUUGCGAGUUGAACUGUUCUGACCGCGGCGGCCGGACAUCAAACGGACAGGGGGACCGAGGAGACGAUGUUGUUGUUGGGCGUCGUGCUGCUCGUGUUAGUUCGGGAGGGUUCGGAAGUGUUCGGGCGGAGCGUCGGCGGGCACCUGUCGGACGAGUUCGCCAUCGACGUGACGAAGCUGGCCGACUCCGAGGCGCUCAUGACUCAGGUACAUAUGAAGGACCUUGCCGAGGCUGUGCACGCCUGCGGGUCUAUGGGCUUCACCGACAUGAAGCUACACAAGCUGCGGAACACGUCUGUCACAUGUAACGACGGCUCACCUGCAGGGUAUUACCUACGGAGAUCGCACGGGAGCAAGCGGUGGCUGCUGUUCUUGGAAGGUGGUUGGUACUGCUUUGACCAGGCGAGUUGCCGGAACAGGUGGGCUAACAUGCCCCGCAACCUCAUGAGCUCCAAGGGGUGGCCGGACAGGAAAAAAGGCAGCGGGAUCCUGUCGCCCGACCCGGAGGAGAACCCGUACUGGUGGAACGCCAACACCGUGUACGUUCCCUACUGCUCCAGUGACGUGUGGAGCGGCGCGUCGCCCCGAAGGGACAAAGAUGACUUUGCCUUCAUGGGCGCGCUCAUCCUACAGGAGGUGCUGCGCGAGCUGCUGCCGCUAGGGCUGCAGAACAGCAAGACUCUGCUGCUGUCGGGAAGCAGCGCGGGCGGAACCGGGGUGAUCCUUAACGUGGACCGCGCGGCGGAGCUCCUGAGACGGGAAGGGUCCACUGUGCAGGUGCAGGGGGUGGCAGACUCCGGCUGGUUCCUGGACAACAAGCAGUACAUGCCGACCGAGUGCACCGAGACCCUGUCCUGCGCGCCCACCGAGGCCAUCCGCAGGGGAAUACAAUGGUGGAACGGGCAGGUACCCGAGCGCUGUGCCCGGCAGUACAGCAAAGACGAGCAGUGGCGCUGCUUCUUCGGGUACAGGGCCUACCCUACACUACAAGCACCGUUGUUCGUGAUCCAGUGGUUGUUUGACGAGGCUCAGAUGAUGGUGAAUAACGUGGGGACUCCUGUGGACAAGGAGCAGUGGAACUACAUCCACAACCUGGGGGUGGACCUCAGGAAGACGCUCGCCAACGUCACUGGUGUGUUCGCUCCUGCAUGCCUGGCCCAUACCCUCAUCACGAAAAGCGACUGGAUGACAGUCCGGAUGAAGGGCGUCUCCCUGCCGAGCGCCCUGCACUGCUGGGAACAGAGUCUCCUGUGGGGCCGUGCGGAGCCGCAGGACCCUCCCACGUGUGACUCCCAACUGGUGGACAGCUGCCCCUGGCCGCACUGUAACCCCACCUGCCCCAAACUCCACAACCCGUUCACCGGGGAGGAGAUGGACUUCAUCCCGCUGAUGAUGGAACUUGUCGGGAUAGACAUGAACGCCAUCGCCGAACAGAUGGGCAUGGAUCCGGACGAGUUAGUUCGCAUGCUGACCAGUUAGACUUCCA